GUCCAAUCAAAUUUCUUGUUACAUCAAAGCGUUCGGUAUAGCCUGGUUACCUAGACGUCAUGAAAACAACCUAAAUGGCGGACAGAUCGUAACGUAAACGAUAAUACCAAGUCAUGGCAGACCAAGAGGCUGCUCCUACGCCCCCUCCUACAGAUAACCCAGAAGAGGGUGGGGCACCAGCUGAACCUACACAGGAACAACCUCCCCCGGACGCCGCUCCCACUGAUCCACCCCCAGCUGAGACACAAUCUGAAGAAAAGCCAACAGAGGAACAAACUACAGAGCAAGCAGAAGGAGAGACUACAACAGCACCUACUGAAACACAGGCAGAAAAGACAGAAGAUACUGAAGAAAAGAAGGAGGAAGAAAAUUCACCAGCAGAAGGCCAACAGAAGGAAGGGGAGACUGUUGAGACCCCUGUUGAGGCUCCUGUAGAGGCUCCUGUUGAGGCCCCUGUAGAGGCUCCUGUUGAGGCCCCUGUAGAGGCUCCUGUUGAGGUUCCUGUAGAGGCUCCUGGUGAGGCUCCUGUAGAGGGUGAGGCUACAAAUGAAGGAGAGCAGAAGGAAGGUGAAGCUGAGGCUCCAGCAGACGGUGAGGCUCCUGCCGAGGGAGAGGUGCAAUCAGGGGAGGCUCAACAGGAACCUGCACCUGCUGAAGAACCUCCAGCACCUGAACAGGAAGCCCCACCUACCCAGCAGGAAGAGGCUCCAGCCCCAACUCCACAAGAAGAGGAGGCACCAGUAAUACAGGUGAAUGCCGCCAUUCAGAAAGAUGAUCCAAAUUCACCAAGACCAGAACCCAAACCAGCAUCACCGCGACCUGUACAGGACAAAGCUCCGCUUAGGACCACUGCUAACCUACAAGCUACAGCAACAGUGAAGUUUGUGUUGAUGCCGAGUGGUCAGGUUGUGACGCUAGCCUGCACACUGGGCCAGACCCUGAGUCAACUUAAGGCACACUUCGCUGCAGAACUCAAGAUGCCCAUCAACCUCAUCAUGCUUAUGUUCGCAGGUAACAACAUGGAGGAGUCAAAGACUCUAGCUGACCUGGGAGUUGGGCCUAACGGAACAAUCCAGCUCGAAAUGCAGUCGUCGGACCCCGUCAACACCCCAAUCAAAUCGUACCGCCCUCGUCAGGAAUACCACAUGCCUGACGUCAUCACAGUCAGGGUACAGACAGAGGAUGAAACUUCAAAAGACGUUGUUGUUGAGAUUGAGAGAACGACAAAGAAGAAGCCAUAUUUAGGUGGUUACAGGCACAAGAAAACCGGGAUUGAGUUCCAUCACGCAUCAGCCCAAACUGUACGAAAACAACCGACUCCUUCGAACACUGUUAGGUACUGUCGCGAUACACAGACCGUGGAACAGCGUCAUCACCUUCAACAGACCAAAAACGACACAUCCACACAGAUGACAAAGAUUGGCGUCUACGUGGCUAAUCUCGACGAUAAGUUGGUCAAGCCGGGCAAAUACACAACAGCUGAAGAACACCUUGAUACAAUGCUUAACCAGGUAAUCAUCAUACAAAAAUACUACCGUCGCUGGCUAGCCAAACGUUAUGUCCAGAAACUGAAGAUGGACAAACAGCAAAGGAUUGAAUGGGAAAGACUGGAAGAAAUUAGGAAGCGGAGAGAGAAAGAGGAAAGAAUCAAGAAAGAAUUCGAGAGGAGGAUGAAUCCAAAGACAAAAGAAGAUUUUGACCUGUUGUAUCACGCGUUAGAGAAGUGGCGUCAGGAGGAGCUAGAGCGGAUCAAUCAUUCGAUGGACGAUGCGGAGAGAAAGGCGGCACUUUGCAUGCUGCUGGACCAAGAGACACAACUUAUAUCUGCCAUUGGCAGACACAAACUCGAGGCAGACACAGAGAACAAGGACAAAAGGAUACAACAGUUUCUCAGCAAGGCUGCUGCACCUAAGAAAUGGAGGGGCUUUGAUGGUAAAACAACAGAAAUGGAUACCCCCUACACAAUCAGGGCCAAGGAGCUUCAAGAUAUUUAUAACAGUAUCAACAUGAAAUAUCUAACGCAGGAUGAACGUCUUGAUGUCCUCCUCACGCUCAAACACACAGUUAAGGAACAUGACUGUAAGCUGACCCAAGAGAUAAUUGAGCUUAUUGACCGAGAAGCUGACCUUUUAAUGAGAGGGGUCAAGGAAUCUAAUCUGGAUGGGCUGCGGAAGCGUAUCUCCACACUCUUCCUUCAAUACAUCAAAACUCCAACGUUUAAUCCUGAGGCAGCCAAAUUACUCAAGGUACCACAAGAUCCAUCCAGCUUACGAAAGAACAUCUACUUCUGUCCGAGCUGUAACCAGUAUCUGCCUUCGACAGAUUUUGCCUUGUCGUCAAAUUCCCGAACUGUUGGCAAAUGUCGCAAUUGUUCUAAGAUUGAUAACGAUGCUCGUACCCGCCAGGACAUCAGUACCUACCAGUACAUGCUCAAGGUCCUUAGGAAAGCCGAGGAGCUGUACGGAGACGACUCCAAGAUUGCCUUCCUCCUACAGGAACAAGAUUUGCGAUACCUGGUCGAGAAGAUCUGGAACAGCCAGAGCAUACUAAGUUCGUGGGAGGAUCUGUACGACCUUGUACUGGUCCGCUGGGACAAACACCAAGAGUGGUCUCCCUGGAACUGCAUCCUCCUCACCAAGGACGAGGCAUCUGCACACGAAAAAUUAGUCAAUUUAGAAGAGGGAUAUGGUUCUGUAUUUAUACACAAAGUACAACAGAAGCAUACCUUGGCUAGGAACUACUUCUCCAGACUUCCUGGAAUGGCUGAACACAUACGUGUGCGUGCCAACGAAAGAUCCAUGCCCUCCGGACCAACGAUAGCUGGCCAGCAACUUCCCGUUCAACAGCGGGCAUAAAAUUUGCCUGUAGGCUAUAUUUGGACACAAACUUCUGACAAACUAGUUUCACUUACAAUCCUUAAUAAAAAAAUUCUUUAAAUCAUGUGAAAGUGAGCAAGAUAAAAUUGAAAAUGGAUUAUGUGGAAAUAGUUGAACUUAGGAAAGAAAAAAUUGCCUGCCAUUGUGAAUCGUAUCGUUAUUUAUUCCUUUUUUAGAAAAUAACAUGAUUUUGCAUUUGGCUUUAUUAAAUUAACUUCAAAUAUAGUAAGCCUUUGGAAAAUUUAGUUUAAAAUUUAAACAAAAAUGUAAAAUUUCUGGAGAUGGAAUUGUUUUCUAAUACUACGAGUUUUAACAUCAACUAAGUUAUGGUGUCAAAGUUGCAGAAAUGUGGUCAUCAAAAUUGAAACAAGACAGGUUUUCAACAGUCGCAAAGCAAUGCACCAUUUACUAUCCCGAUGGCUCUAGACAUCCCAUGCACACUGUAAAAGCCUGUCGAGGAUGUUUGCAUGAUAAUUCCCUGCAAUGGAUUUACUUUAGAGUAAGGUCCCUAGAUGCCAUCAUGUAUGUCUGUGAUAUGAUUUUUGAAUGUAAAUAUUUUAUCAAUUAUUGUAAAUUGUAUAUAUAUUAUAUUGAACUCAUUGCCCUUGAAAAAAAUA